UGUAUGACAUGGUCUGAAAAACUCCUUAUCAGACUUUACAGAGCAACACAAAGUAGUGCAAGGAUGCCAUAUUUUAGUGUGUUUUCUGUUCUCAUGGCCCAGUAAUGCUACGGCUUUCAGCUUAAAAAAGUACUUUCAUAGUGAAGCUUUAAAAGUGAUAUCCUUGUGGGUAUAUGCCAUAUGCAUGCAUAUCACGUAGACUGCACCUCUGGUUGCUAGCAUCCCAAGAUGUGCAUGUAAGAGUUAAAUCAGCCUUCAGAUGCUCAUUCCAUGAAUUAAUCAGCAUGUUUUUCAGUACACUGUACAUUUUUCUCCAUUGCAAUCCCAGAUUUACCUUUCCAUUUUUACACACACUCAAACCAACUGCUAGGUCACUUUGUUUUGACAGCUGUAGUCAUUUAAACUUGUAGAGGAACCAGUCAUUAGAAUUUUUAGUCUUAUGAACACUGAAGGUCAACACUUGACUUACUGUUAAAUAUUAGUCACUAACAAAGCGAGCAUGUCAGGAUGGUGUUAGGGCUUUAUGGAGUGUUUACAGCUCCAAGGAAGUGAUGGAGUAGGCUCAGGAAUAGCUCUGGCGUUUGUCCUGAAUGUUCUCCUUCUAAUGGUGUUGGCUCGUUCUAAACACCAGAGUCUUUUCCAAGCAAUGUCCGUGUUGAGCUGAUGAAAUAAAAUGAACACAAGCCCUUCCUCCAUUAGGAAGAAUGGAUAGCAUCACUUCUUGGCAGUCUUGGCUUCUGCUUUUUGCUGUUGCUGGAGUUCCCUUGGGAAAAUUUCAGUUUAAAGCAUCUAGCAGCUCACUCUCUACAAAGCAGACUGGGAUAUUGUUUAGGAAAAUCCUCUUUAACUGAACAAACAGAAAAAAAAUUGACCAUAACUGUGACUUGGAGCUGCAAAUUACAUAUCACCUCCGGAGCCAGAUACAGAACAUCUGGACAGCAAACACUCCACAGAGAGGCUUAAAGACUAGCAGACGGCAGUGUGAGCAGUCAGAGGUUUCUCAGCGUUCGAGUCCAUGAUGAAGUCAGCCCUCGCUCUCCGGGCACUGCCUGUGCUGUUGCUGUUGGCCGGUGUGGCCCGUGCCCGGCCCAACUACAUCUAUGAGGAGGAAUGGGUCAAUACAUGGCGGCAGGGCUUUAACUUCCAGUGCCCGCACGGUGAAGCUUUAGUAGCCAUCAGGAGCUACUUCAGUGAGAAUGAGGGCUCGGACCGUCUGUGGACUUUUGAGUGCCAGCCGACACCCCACAACCUGGGGGAGCCCACCGAGUGCUGGUGGGAUGAUAUCAAUCGUGCUGGAAUGGAGUGGUCCUCCUCGUGUACAAACAAUGGGCUGGUGGCUGGAAUACAGAGUCAGUACUUUCCCUCAGUGCUGGACCGGGAGUGGCAGUUCUAUUGCUGCCGCUACAGUCGCAGGUGCCCUUACUCCUGCUGGAAGACCAAUGAUGUUCCGGAGUACUACAGGCAAGAGGGUGAGAUGGUCGUGCCCUCCUAUGGCUAUUUCAUCAGGGGGGCUCAGACCACCUUCAGCGGUGUGCUCAGGGAUCGGCAGUGGAAGUACAUCAUGUGCAGGAUGACAGAUUUUGAUUGUGAAUUUCAGAACUUCUGAAGCGACAUCCAAAGUCUGUAAAGCACCAAACUUUUCAAGUGCACCUAGCCAUACAUGCUGUCCCCUCACAUUUAAUGUACAUACAACUUUAUCAUAAAUUACCUGAUUCAUUCAUUUAUCACUUUAACAUGUGUGCACUGUAUACAUUAUAAGCUCCUAUGUCAUCAUUUUUCCAUUGUAUGUAACCCUGCAUGAUUCAUUUUGUUUAUUUUGCAUCUACAGAACUGUGCAAAACUCAGAGACCCCCCCCCAUUAAAUAGCAGUCAUUCAUUUCUCUGCGUCAGGAAUUCUGUUCUUUUUGGGAGACUCAAUCCAUUUGUUUUUGCACAGAAAUCUGCAGAAACAUUUUUUUUUCCACACCUCAAAAGUUCAGUCUCAUAAAUUGGCUGCAUUUUCUAUCUCUCACAAUCCAAGUAACCCCAAACGCAUUCAGUGAUGCUGAUUUCUGGGGUGGUCCUCCAUCCUUAUGAGAGCACCUUUUCUCACUAGUGACUUCUUGAGAGACUUUUGCACAGUACUGUACAUAAUCCAUGUGACAUCAGCUUAAAAAAACUAAAACCUGUGUAUUUCACAUUCAAACAUUUCUCUAACUGCAUUUUUUGCUGAUUUUCUUAUAUACUCUUAAUGCUUUUGAUCCCAAACUAAGGCCCAAUACCAUUUCGCCUUAGCCUAGACUAGGAAAAAUUUCCAGUGGUGAUUCAUUACUCGCAAUGCAGGUUAGGCCAAAACUUCGCUUAGCCAUUGUUUAGGAAUUGACUCUUGAUGUAAUACGCAAAGAAAAAUAAAAAAAGAAGAAGAAGAAGUAGGCCUGACACCUCUAGCAUACAUCUGGGCAAAGAUACACCCUGAGCUUUGUUAUAUUUUGUAUCAAAUGUUUAAGGUGACCGGAAAAGUACUAAUAAAGCAACUUUUUUGGACAAA